ACCGACAAUUUUUUUAAAAUUUUCUCACUUUUCUGCAACAUGAACCGCCACCCAUAUGCCGACACGAGGUCAAUCAUGAAACUGGCUUUUAUAUUUCUGUUGGUCAACUACGUAUGCGCUGAAUUUAUUCACGAAGAGUUGGAGAUCAGACACAAGAGGUCGAGAUUAAUUAGACUUCGACGUAACGGCAGCAGGGCGCACAGGUUUAAGGACAAUUUGAAUUUAGACAAGCGUGCGUUUAUGGAGACGGGAAUAUUUGGUGACAACGCGACCAUCACCAAAGCUCACGGUGAAAAUGUGGACGUAAACUUCACCACCACUCACACGUACGCGAUCACAUCGUCCUACUUAUACAUGAACGAUAAUUCACUAGGCGUCUUGGACAGUUCGGCGAUAAAUCAAACGGAACCGGACGGGCAACGCGACGUUUCGGACGUUAACAAGACCGUCUCCGACACUUACAUGGAAGAAGUCAAAAGAAGAAAUUUCCAAGAGAGCGUCAUAAUUCCUCACGGCAACGUUGACAUCGUAACCCAUUUCCUCAGAAUUGUCGAAUCUCAACAUUUGUUGGGGGAUAAUUGCACGGCAGGAACCAAUUUAAGCUUAGGCGAAGGGGUGGUUGAUCGUUAUGCUCAAGAACGAUUCAGAAUUCAAGCGGACGUAGCCGUCAACAAGGCGAAUAUGCUGACUCGCAUUUGGAAAUACGCCGAACCUGAAGUAGUAGCUUCAGAACAUUUGUUGUACGCGUCGGUAUCUUCGAUGGUUGAAUUCGAUGACGUCAUUUUCGCAGCUGGAAAUUGCUAUGACAAACACGAAUAUAAAGACUAUUUGCUAUUUUGCCCGUACGCCUACAGAUUGCCGGAAGGGCCCAUCAACGUUAAAGACUUGGCGGUAGAAUAUAAGUACCUGAGCAAUUCUUCUGAAUGGUUUUACAUCGCUAGGAAAAACGCCGAAAAGGUCAUCAACAAUUACGAUCAGAUUACUAAAGGUUACAUGACGUACAGAUUCAAUAGUACAGCCCAUGACGUUAGGGUUUCGGAAGAAAUAUUGUCUGUACGUUACGAAGAUGGGAAAUGGUCUAAACCCUAUUACGACUGCGGGGGUGGAAAUAUUUGGAUGUUGACUUACACUGUGCCUUUCUUCGGCUACAGGAAUAAUACCUACUACUUUAAAGGAACGAGUGGAAUCGAUAUCGACCUACGUCACGUCGAUAUAGAUCAGUGCCCGACACCUCCAGAAGAAACGCAAAUAAAUAUUUUCGCCGCCUCUGACAAAUGCAAGAAAGCUACAACGCAGUGUGUUCCGAUACCCGGAUUGGGGUUUCGUAGAGGAAGCUACAAAUGCGUCUGCAAACAAGGCUUUUAUUUCCCCGACACAAACGCAGAACGCCGCUUUUACAACGGAAUACAAAUCGAAGAGGAAUACGAAAAACGAAUAUUAGGUGAAUUAACUCAAUACGACAAAGAGGGAAUAUUCGAAUGUCUAGCUUGCCCCGAGGGUUGCGAAUCUUGUGUGGAUGAUAGACCUUGCGUCGUAUCACUGAACUGGGUACUGAGAAGCGUAAUUUUGAUCCUUUCAUGCAUUACCAUUUGCUGCUUGCCAAUUGUAGCGUUUUUUACGUGGCAAUAUGGAAAUGUUAAGGUUGUAAGAGCGGCCAGUCCAGUUCUAUUAAGAAUUAUCGCCUUAGGGGCGUUUUUUAUUUACAGUACGAUGAUCGUCAUGUACCCCAAACCCUCGGUAUACACAUGCACUGCUAGAAUCUGGCUUAGAGAGAUUGGAUUUUCUUUAACGUAUGGAGCGUUGAUGUUAAAAACCUGGAGGAUCUCGGUUAUUUUCCGCGUCAGGUCGGCCAAAGUAAUAAAAAUAACGGAUGUGAACCUCUUGAAGAGGCUGGGUGUGAUAUUGGCCGUUUUUGCGGCGUUUUUGACUAUUCGGACCAUUGUAGCUCCCCCGAUAGUCAUAGUCGGCAGAACGAGCGAUGACUUGAAGGCUUUUUUAUGUCGCACGGACUGGUGGGACCAUUUAUUUAGCAUACUGGAAGUCUUGUUUUUGGCGUGGGGAAUCAGACUUUGCAUCGUAGUUAGAAAAGCCCCGUCUGAAUUCAACGAAAGUCGAUUCAUAUCUAUGGCGAUUUAUAAUGAAUUUCUUUUGUCCGUAUUUUUAAAUAUUUCUAUGUUGUUUCUGCAAAAGCCCGCCAAUCCGGAUUUAAUGUAUAUAAUCUUCUUCUGUCACACCCAAUUGACCGUCACUCUGCUACUUUGUCUAAUCUUCGGCAGUAAAGUGUUCGUGGUAUUGAAAAAUAAAGGAAAAGAAGACGAAAGCUCAAGUAUGGUGUAUAAAACCCCAUCAAAAUUCGUCUCCAAGGGGAGAACAGAGACUUCGCAAUUUGUAAGCGCCAAUUCAUCCCUAGUAUGCCAAGAAGUGAUGUGCACGAAAUACAGAGAGCAAGAUAUUCAAGAGGAGUUUUUGCGUCUUUACACGCAGCUCGAAGUAUUGAAGGAGCGCAACAUGCGCGUGGGAAAUCGUCAUUUAGCUUCGAAAAUCAAUGCGAUGCAAGAUGCAGCUCGAAUGUGCGACAACGAUCAAAAUCAAAAAGAACGAUCUUUUGUCAUUUUAAAAAGCAACAGUAACAUUAGUAUCGUAGCAGACAGAUCAACGGUAGAACCUAGCGUAAUAAAUAACGAAAAUAAAGGCGACAAAACUGACGAACUUAAAAUCGAAGCUAGAGUUGCUGAGGAAAGCACCACGUCCACAUAUCAAACUAGUGAUGUAGCGAUAAAAGCCAAAACCGAAAGCAAUGGGCGACAUUUAGUUUCUGGACAUGCCAGAACACAUUCUAUUGUUAUUAACUUAGAUGAUAAGAGCCGAUUUACAGACGAAAUUACUGUUUAA